AUGAGCGACAGGGAUGUGUGCUGCACUGUUGGCAACGCCAUGGAGAGAGAUGCUGUAGAAUCUUUGCUAUCCAUUUCUCGAGGCUUGAGAAGAAGCCCUUCAGUUAGCAUUGCUGAGAGUCAACCAACUCUGAAUGUGGGGCUAAGCUUGACCUUACAGGAUCAAACUGCUGGAACAGGCAAAACACAGAGCACUUUAGAACAGAUUUUGAAGGGAAAGACAAUAACGAAUUACCUUCAUCUGAGUUCAACAGACAAAUCAAAUCAGAGGGAGUCAGUUAUUGUGUCAAGACAGCCAUCCAUUCUCACAUCUUCGUCAUAUCCCACAGUGGCAACCCCAACGACAGUGCUAACUGAUGCAUACAUGCCACCAACCACAACUACCACUAAGAUAUUUCGUGGUCAUAAAAGACGGUUCCAAGAACUUUAUGGUGAGACAAACAUUGAUGGAAUAUCCCUUAGCCCAGGUCCUUCAAAGUCUUUAGCCAUGGCAUCAUCAUCAGCAGCAGCUUCAGCCGGUCCUAGUGAAGUCCUGGAUUUAUCCAUACCGCUACAGACAAAAGACAAGGCAGAUAGUCAGAACACCUUAUCUGCUUUUCAAGAUGAGCAGUGUGAAAAGAUGAGGCCUCAUUCUCCAACUUCUCUGUUUUCUAGAUUUGGACAUUGCAGCUGUGACUCUUGUUUGGAUUCUCACAGACCUUUAACCCCCUAUUUCGCAGAAGACUUGCCACGUUGUCUGACUCCAUUAGACCCUGGGCCUUGUCAAGAAUUUGGUGCGCCAGGCUCAGUUGACAACUUUGACUCACACUCGCAGCUAUCAGAUGAUGAUGAUAAUAAUGAUGAAGAUGAUGAUGAGGAGGAUGAUAUUGAUGACACUGAAAAUAGUCAGCAUAAUUUACGUCCAGUUAAAUUUUUCAUGCCUCCAACAUCAAACCUUGGGCAGAAAACUGCGAGCAGUACAACACAAGAUAUUUCAAAGGACAUAGAGCAGAAAAUUGGAAGCUGUACUGAAAGAGAAAAAGAACAGAAAACUGUCAGCAGUACAACAAAAGACAUUUUAAGAGACAUAGAACAGGCAAGUGUGAGCUGUGCAACAGCAGGCGUUUCAGCUCCCACAUUCACCACCGCAUCCUUCUCAAGCCCAAAAUGUGGACUAGAUGAUAGUUUUGACUACUCUACCCAAGUAAAACUUCCUAUACUUUCCAGGACAGAAACGAAUCAAAUCUCACUCCUUUUCAGAAGAAAAAAUAAUUCAUCAACUCAGUUCCCAAAAGCCCCUACAUUGGCAAUCAACAGUCAACCCACAGCUUUAUUGCCUUCUAUAGUUCAAAACACAGUUACGAACAGUAUCCGACAGCUACCUCAACAACCAGUAGUAACAACUCAAUCCACUCAUGUCAUUACCACAACCAAUUCUGGAAUUAUCAGUGGGAAGAACUCUGUCAUCAUUCUGCCAUCAGAUCAAGUGAGCAUUCCACUGUUACAGAUAUCCAGUCAUGGAGGUGCUUGUCAACCACCAAUUGUCCAGGUGUUUGUGGUCAACUCAUACAACCAGCCUCCUCCAGUAAACAUAUCGUCUCCUCCGAAAGGUUUAGAUAAUUUUCAACCAAUUGCACCUGCCCCGGUUUUAGUCACAGCUGUUGAACCCAGAACAGAAGAGAUUUCCUUGGAUGAACUCCGCAGGCGUCGAACUUACAAAUGUCACAUUCCAGACUGUGGGAAAACAUAUUAUAAAAGCUCUCAUCUCAAAGCACAUGUUAGAACACAUACAGGAGAGAAACCAUUUAUUUGUGGAUGGCAAGGAUGUAUCAGAAGCUUUGCUAGAUCCGAUGAACGCUCACGCCAUCUUCGAACACACACAGGAGAAAGGAAGUUUGUUUGUAGCGUUUGUCAGCGCCGCUUCAUGCGCAGCGACCACCUGGCUAAACACCUUCGGCGUCACAACAGCAGUAGCUAUAGCAAAAAGUCUGCAGUCUGGAACAAGCAUCCAAUCACAGCAAAUCCAGAAAAUGUAACCAGUGGAUCUGUUAACAGUAACGGAAUGGAUUGUUCUGUUAAAACAUAG